AUGAGACGUCAUUGUGAAAGUAAAAAUGUGGUCAACACUUAUAAACAAUUAAGAAAGUGUGCUUUGCAUUCAUCACAACAAAAAGAGGUAUCAAUUCGUCGAAAUCAAUAUUCAAGUGAUGAAAAUAUUUUCACUUUGAAUACAUUAUUUUCAACCAUUGCAAUUGCAUCAGAUGCAACUUUAUACUCUGUAGAUGCUGUUUAUAUGAUUACCGCUAUAUCAGUGAUUGUAUUCAACUUCCUUAUAUGCAUUACAACUGUUCUACAAUAUGAUAUUAGUCAAAAUCACAUUGUAAACAUGAUUAUUACAUUGAUUAUUGUUAGUUUGUUGUUACUUGGUCAAAUAAUUCACGUUACAUUAGGAAAUAAUGAAAAAUUAUUGAUUGAAGUGAAAAUGGUAUUUGGAGAUGGCCAGUAUCGUUACAAUCGCAUGGAGUUAGUCAAUGCAGCUGCAUCUAUUUACAAUUGUUGGUGGGGUUUAUUUUUGACACUUUCAUGGAUUUUUGUACAUUUAAAAAUGAGAAAAUAA